AUGAAAAAAUUGUUUGAAACAAAUUUUAGUGAUUCAUAUGAAUUAUCAAAGCUCUUGGAAAUGAUCAAUUUAGAAAUAUCACUUGGCAUUAAUUAUGAAGUAAAUUCUAUUACAAAUAUUGUGAAAAGAAAAUUAAAUGAACAUUAUGUUUCAAGAAUCUGUUUAGAAAGUCCAAACACCUGUCCUAAACUCUUUUAUUUAUACUGUUUAGUUGGUGGAAAAUCAGCAGAAAAUAUGUUAAUAUCCUAUUUAACAGGAAACAAAUCAACAGGAGUAAUGAGAUAUCAUGCUAUUAAUUCUUUAUCAGAGCUAUUGAAUCCUUCAGAAGAAUUUAUUGAAAAUAUAUUAUUGUUAAUAGAGUCACUAGAAGAUCAAGAUAUUGUUGGAACUUUAAUUGUUAACCUUGGGAUUAUAACUAGAAAAUCAUCUAUUCCUAUAGAUAUACAAACUAAAGUGGCUGAAACAUUUCUAAAUUUUAUUGAAACUUCUUCAGAGAAAUGUAUUGUAACACCUUUCAUUACUGAUAUAUUUAUAGGUUUAGGAAAUUUGCAAGAUAAAAUUACACUUCAUAAAUUGUUGUUACACAUUGAAACCUGUAUGAAAAAUGAAAAUUAUCAAAUUGUUGCAUUAAAUGCUCUGCGCCAACUUUAUAGUCAAUCAGAAGUACAAAAAUGGCUUUUGAAAUUGUUAUCAGUAGGUUCCUGUAAACUUAAAUCAAAUAUAGUUAGUAUUUUAGCAGAAGAAUGUGUACCUCGCAAUAAAAAUGGAGCUGCACCAAAUUGGCCACAAGUGGAUUUUAAUGAAAUAGAUGAACUACUACAUUAUUGGUUGGUGUCCAAUAUGUUCCAUUAUAAUAACUGCCCUAGUAUUCAACAAUUAUAUCAAUAUUUUGAAAAGAAGAUGCAUCCAGAGACAAAAAAUUUAUUUAAAAAAUUUUAUUUCUAUUAUGUUAACAAAUUAAGAAGAAAGAGAGAUUUAUAUUCAGGCUAUAUGGAUCAUGAAACUUGCAGUAAUAAGUUAAAUUCCUUUAGAAAUUAUGCCUUAACAUUAAAUAGUGAUGCUUUUAUAAAUUACAAAUACCAAAAACACUGUAAUGGUGAACAAAUAUUUGGAAAGUCUAAACUCAAUGCAGUGUACAAAACUGGCAUUUCUACAAUGUUAGAAGAUGAAAACAAUUAUAUUGUAACUAACAGAUUAGGAAAGACAAUUAAUGUUUUAGGAAGAUCUUUUGAUAUGGGCUCAAUAACAAUAUAUAAUUUUAAUAGAACAAUGAGAAUAUAUCAUAAUUUUGAUGGUGAGACACGAGCUGACAUAAUUUCAGAGUUUAUUUGUCAAAUUGGGACAUUAAAUUAUCCUGCCUUUUACCAUAUCCCACUUUAUACAUUUCCAAUAGGAAUAAUUCUAAUGUCAUUUGGCAUCCAUAUUAGUGGUGAUUUGAAUCUCACAGUUAGUUGUCCUGAAGAUGGAAUUUUUAGUGUUCAACCAGUAUCAAAGAUCAGAGUUGCUCUUGAAGGACUUGGUACAUUUCCUCCUAUACAAGCAGCUAUCAACUUAGGAGCAACAUUUAAUACCCAUAUGGACACUUAUCUACAACCUAUUCCUCACUGGUGCACAAAUUCAAGUGUUGGAUAUGAACCUAUGAUCAUAAGCACAGAAGCUUGGUUUUUGAUUCCACCCAAUCCAAGACAACAUUUUUCACCUGACUUUUUGAAAUGGGAAAUUGGAGAAAGUAAUGAUAUACCUCUGACUGAAUUUUGUUUGGAUCCAAAUGUUCCACAAACUACAUCACCAAGGGAAGAUAAUACAACAUUUACUGAAAUAACAACAAAAUCAGGAUUGGCAACAUUAUCAUCAACAUUGACAUUAACAUCAGCAUCAGUAAAAACUAAUGAAACUAAUUUGCACUCUGAAAAUUCAGUUAAACAUAAUUUUAAAUAAAGUUAUGAAUAAGGUUCAAAAUAUGACUGAAGG